GCUGGAGCGGCGCUCAGAGCCGAGGAUCCCUGGCGUAGGACUCCUCAAUGUCGCCACUGGCAUGCCACUGCUGUAACUCCGCAACACACCGGUUAAAAGUACAGAUUAAAAUCACUUUUGUACGACUUUAGGUGGAGCAGGGAAAACCCAAGACUUUUUUUCGGACAUUAAAGCAUUAUAAAUGAUCUCGAUUAAGUCAGAAUAUAUAAAUAACUUAGCAGUGUUAUAAAUUUGCGAACGAGCUAUAUACUAGCAAUAAAACAGGUGGACUGGCGCCCUAAUUCUAACAUUAGCGGUCUUCUGUCACAUUGAGCGCUUUGAUUUAAAUCGUUCACCAGAGACAUACUGUACUGAGCUAGUUCAUGAAGAACGCUCAAACACGUAUUUAUAAGUGUAACACGGAGAACUUGCAGGCUUCAGUCGAUGGCGCACGCAAGCAGAAAUUCAUGAAGCUAAAUACAUGUUUCCCGCCGGUCUAAGGAGCGGAGCUGCGGCUCCGGAGCGACCGCACAAAAGCAAUUAGGGACGGACCAGUCCAGCGGCUGGGGCGCGCGGCGUCGCGGGGACGCGCUUUUCUCCAGUGGCGGGCGCGCGCGACGUUGCGGGGACGCUCUUUUCUCCAGCGGGCUGCUCACCCAGUCAAACUUACUGCCCCCGAAAUCUCCCCCAGACACUUUCUGCAUGUAACCACACAGAGGUUACAUUCGCCUUUAAGACCAUCUUCCAGUUUCUGCUGCAUAUUCCGUAAGGGGCCGCGAGUCCGGGAUCUCUCGCCUCACUGUUUUAUAACGUCACGCGAAUUUAUUAGGCUAUGGCAUCUUGUCAGCAGUCGAGGAUUGAAGCAUACCUGGAAAAGAAUAAAAUCGGUCCACUCUUCGAGGAGCUCCCUUCAGUUCUAGAUGUGACCAGCCGUCACCUGUACCAGGAGAUGAUGACCAGGCUGAUCAGCGAGACGCCGGACCAUCCGGUUCCAUUCCUGAUAAACCACCUGGAGGGCAGGCAGGGUGGUUCCGCGUCGCUACAUAGGGUCCUGCUCGGUCCAGCUGCGCUCUGGGCCCAGUCGCCCAGCGCUGGGGCACGACGUGACCUGAAGGGGCACGAGAAACCAUGGCAGGAGCAUCCCAGAAAGCCCAAGAAGUCCAAGAGUGACCUGGAGAUGUGCACUCUGUCACCCCCUUCGCCUGACUCCAAGUCCCUGUCGAGGUUGGGAGAGCGACCUUCCCAGGAUUCCUGGUCCCGAUCUGACAGCCAUGACUUUGAUGAGCUCAGUCACAUCCUGCUGGAAAGCAAGAAGUUGGGAAAAGCCCUGGAGAGCCUCUCGCGCAGCUUGGCAGCCUCAGAUGAACUUGACCAGGCCUUUAACUCCGCCUUGCAACGGCCUCGAGUGAUUGGCCGGUGGACUGGCCGCGCAGACAGUGAUGCCGAUCCCCUGGCUUCAGAGAUGCUUCAUCCACCUUUACCCAGGGGCUACAGAGAGACCAGUGAGCCAAUAGUGAGCCUGAAGAUGGUAACGAAAAGCAGGAGCCUGAAACAGCAGCAGCUGUAUCACAAGAAACAGCUGGCGGCCAUGUUGGCUCAGGAGUCCUUCGACUCAACAGGUAGCCUCUAUGUCUCAGACUCAGACAUUGAUGAUGAAGAUGAAGCCAUGGAACUGAUGGAGGACCUGGAUGAUCUACGGAUGGAGGGCGUGACCAACCUAAUGCCAAGCCGCACCAAGGCCAGCCACGGGCGUGGCUCCCAUAGCCCCCAACCCCAGGCCAAGCUAACCCUCAACAUCUGCUCCAGGUGUGCCAGACUUCAGGGGGACGGCCUUGCAGACACAAGAGAAGAAGAGGAGUCUUGUGUCCAGGAAGUACCUGAAGUCCAGUACCCAGUUCCAGAUCUGAGGACGUCUGUGGAGGAAGGUGAGAGUGUGUCUCAAGUCACAAGACCAGGUGCACCUGGCUGGUCUUCUGGGUUUGCACCAAUCAGGGACUGGAGUUCUAUGGGGCUGAGCCAGCUGGGGGAAAUGGCAAACGGGGGUGGACACACUGCAGCAGAUCUGGAGAAAUAUGUUGCCAAGGCGAUGGAGGAGAAGCCAGGGAGGGGUCCCCGCAGUCCCCUGAGCAGUUUGCUCCUGCCACCCCCCCUCGCCCUCCAAAAUUUGCCCCUGUCAGAACAACUGUCCAAGCUGGCAAGUCCCCUGCCCAUUCUGGGAAACAAGCCCACCUCCCUGCUCCUAGGGCCUCUGCACAUGCCCACCAACAGCAGCAACAGAGCGAGGACGCCAAGCGGGUGCCCGGUCCUGCCCCCGGGUACGCCCGCCGGCCUCCUCAGCCAGGGCGGAAGUCCAGAUGCCUUUCUGCAGAAGAGCAGGACUGUCACACCCACCAGUCACUCAGGGUGGGGCAGAACUCUGGGGUCAACCAGUCAGAUUCAGCGAAGCAGACCUACCACACCCACAAAUCAGGCUGGGUGGAGCAGACCUACCACACCCCCUAAACAAUCUGUAUGGGGUAUUCCUGCCACACCCCCCAAACAAUCUGUAUGGGGUAUUCCUGCCACACCCCCUAAACAAUCUGGAUGGGACAUUCCUACCACACCCCUCAAACAAACUGGAUGGAGCAUUCCUAGCACACCUACCAGUCAAGGCGGGUGGAACAUUCCAAUGACACCCACCAAGCAAUCUGGAUGGAGCGUACCCAACACGCCCACUAAACAAGUUGGAUGGAGCGUACCUAACACGCCCACUAAACAAGUUGGGUGGAGCGUAUCAAGCACACCCACCAAACAUGCUGGGUGGAGCGUACCUAACACACCCACCAAACAUGUUGGGUGGAGCGUACCUAACACACCCACCAAACAUGCUGGAUGGAGCGUACCCAGCACGCCUACUAAACAAGCUGGGUGGAGUAUAUCAAACACACCUACCAAACAAGUUGGGUGGAGCCUUCCUACAGCACCCUCAAAACACGUUGGAUGGAGCAUUCCUAGUACACCCACCAAUCAGGGUGGGUGGAACAUACCAACAACUCCCACCGAUAAGCCUGGGAGGAGCCGGUCAGUCACACCUACCAAUCAAGCUGGGCGGAGCCGAUCUGUGACACCAACCAAUCAGACUGGGAGAAGCAGAUCGGUCACACCAACCAAUCAGACUGGGAGGAGAGGCUCCAUCACACCAACCAAUCAGACUGGGAGGAGGGGCUCCAUCACACCAACCAAUCAGACUGGGAGGAACAGAUGUGUUACGCCCACUGAUCCAACUGGCCUGAUUACUCCAGCAGGUACCAACAAUGAGGUCUUAUGGCCGACUGACAGUCCAAACUCCAUUCUUUCAGAGGCUGAAUUCUACCAGCAGCUACAGGCCAUGAAGCAACCCUGGAUUUUGCCCAGUGACACGGAGAGCGAGGACGGCAUGACGGGCCCCGGACCAGCCUCUUCUCUGGGUAGCAGUCAGGGGUGGCGGUAGCGGGAUUUGCAGAUUCCCUCUCAUUCUGUCUCAGG